AGAGAGAGAGAGAGGGGGGUUCUUCGUUGUUUCUGUAUAAUAGGUUGCUGCAGUAAAGUUUUUGGAGAAAUUAGAAGGAGAUGUCGACUCUAAAUGUUCCUCCUAUGCCUCCUCCGCCCCGAGAUGACGCCAUUAAACUUAAAGCUGCUUUCAAGGGAUUUGGCUGUGACACUGCGGCAGUUAUCAAUAUUCUCUCCCAUCGUGAUGCAAUGCAGCGAUCUUACAUCCAACAAGAGUAUAGAAUAAUGUAUUCUGAUGACUUGAUGAAACGGCUGUCUUCAGAGCUUAGUGGUGAUGUCAAGAAAGCAGUUUCACUUUGGAUGCAUCAUCCAGCGGGGCGUGAUGCAGUUAUACUGAGGCAGUCAUUUACGGGGAACAUUGAUCUGGACGCUGUGACUGAAAUAAUAUGUUCUCGUACCCCUUCUAUGAUACAACAAUUUAAACAGGCUUACCAUGCAAUGUUUGGUGGGUACCUUGAGCAUGAUAUUGAAAAUCACGCCUCAGGUGAUCACAAAAAGAUGCUGCUUGCAUACGUAACUAAGCCACGUUAUGAAGGUCCAGAGGUUGAUCAGACCUUUACGGAGAAGGAUGCCAAGGCUUUAUAUAAAGCUGGAGAGAAGAAAUUUGGAACUGAUGAGAAAACAUUCAUUCAAAUUUUCAGUGAACGGAGCAGAGCACAGUUGGCUGCUAUUAAUUCUGCUUACCAUAGCAUGUAUGGGAAGUCACUGAAAAAGGCAAUAAAGAGCGAAACAUCAGGAAAAUUUGAGUAUGCUCUUUUGACAAUCCUACAAUGUGCUGAAAAUCCUGCAAAGUAUUUUACAAAGGUGCUACAUAAAGCAAUGAAAGGCAUGGGAACUGAUGAAAGGACACUAACAAGGGUAGUUGUCACAAGGACUGAGAUUGAUAUGCAGUAUAUAAAGGCCGAGUACCAGAAGAAAUACAAGAAGACAUUGGCUGAUGCAAUUCACUCGGAGAUUUCGGGUCAUUACAGAGCCUUUCUUCUUAAUCUUUUGGGUCCCAAUGCUUAGUAAAACAUUGUAGAGUAAAGAUUAUAGAGCAUCCUGGGAAUUUGUGCACAUCUAUGUGGAAAUAACAUGUUGUAUAUUGGGAGUGUCAUGCAUUAGUCUUUGGUCAUGCUGAAUUAUCAUUUCUUAUUUUAUCUUAACUACUUGACUUGCUUGACAACUAUGUAAUAAUCUUUUGUAUGUGUAGUGUUUGUAAUCAUCUCUUGUAUGUAUGAUGAUGAAACUAAACUUCAAUAUAUUGUUGUAAAUUCUGUCCGCAUUUAUCUGUGUGAUGGUUUGUUAUUUGAAUUCUGAUGAGUCUUUAGUGAUGCAACAGA